UAAACAGCUGAUUUUGUAUUCAAUGGGACACAAGAACCAAAUAAAGGAGUCGAAAAAAUUUAAAGCAUCAAACAAAAUCAGUUCUAGCGCUUCCGAGCCAAAAUUAAUGCUCUAAAUUCGGAUGUUACUGGUGAAAUGUUUAAAACUCUGAUUACCUGCAUCCACACAAAUAAUCUACUGAGUUCAGUGAAAUCGUUAGGAAGCCACGUCGAACAAUUAAAGGCAUACACAAGGAGUAGGUGGCAGCGCACAAAGAAAAUGAGACGCACAUGGGAGCGGGUAAUCGGAGCUGGAGACAGAAAAGAAUAUACCUUAUUGUCGUACAAUAUUCUUGCGCAAGACUUGUUAGUGGAACAUUUGCAUCUGUACAUCGACAUAGAGCCACCGAUGUUGCGUUGGGAUCAUCGGCUGUUACGUUUGACGGAGGAGAUUCAGUACAUCAAACCCGACAUACUCUGCCUACAAGAGAUGCAAUUCAACCAUAUAAAAGGCUUCAUCAGACGUAUAAGCUUCAAAAGAGAGUUGGAAUAUGUGUUCAAAAAGAAGACUGGAUGUCGGACAGAUGGCUGUGCAAUUAUUUACGAUAAAAGUAAAUUUCGACUCUUGGCAGAACACCCAGUAGAGUAUUAUACCCGUGGUCAUGCAGUGUUAAACCGCGAUAACAUCGCUUUACUGGCCAAAUUUGCGGAUAAAAAACAACCAAAAAAGAAAUUUGUUAUAGCCACAACACAUUUAUUGUACAACCCAAAAAGGCAAGACGUCCGCAUUGCACAAGUACAAAGCCUGCUCGAGGCCAUUCAUGAAUUUUCUGUGGAAACAGAAGGGGGCAAAAAUAAGCCUCUACCGGUGAUAUUGACUGGCGACUUCAAUUUUGAAUCCAAAACAAGACCAUAUCAAGUGUUAUCCGAACCAUUCAAAUCUGACUCAGUCUCGGAAAAGCCUGUGAGCGAUAGUGCGAAAAAUUGCAGUAAACAAGAAGCUAAUAGGGAGUAUUAUUUACGAGCGGCUGGCGGGGAAGAAUCUGUGAACAAUCUGCAAAUGGCGCCAAUCGAUUUUGGUAAUCAAUCCGCUUCAACGUUUCAACAAAAUUGGAUUACGGUUGACUACGUUCUACAUUCAGUCGAUCAGUAUCGCAACAAAAUUCAAGUACAAUCGGUAUACGCGCUACCAAAAAUUAAUGACUGCAUACAGCAUGGACAAAUUCCUAAUAAGUUUUUAGGCUCGGAUCACUACUCGCUUGCAAUAAAAUUCUCAGUGCUUUAGUAUUUAAUUUUAGCUUGCGUGAAAAUACAUAAACGACUUAUAUAAAAUGUUUACCUGUAAGAAACGACCAUUAAAUGCAAAACUGUUGGCCUUCAAA